AUGGGCAUCCGACAAGCUGUUGCGUACUGUCUUCUAUUCGUCUUUCAAGUGUCUGCAUCAACUGUAGAUGCAGGUGACAAUAAUUUUCCUGCCACCCCAGAUACAAUUAGUGACCCUAUUGAUGUCCCUGAGAUUGCAUCAGAUGUACAUCAGGAGGAGAAGGGAGCGCAGAAGUGCAAACACAGCCUGCAGAAGCGUGCAGACUAUUACGAUACAUCAUUAAAUGGAAAUGAGCCCAUUGAUAUAGACAGAGAGCCAACACGGACACCCUGCCAGAUUUUUCCAAUCACCAACAAUCCUCCUCCAACCACAACCACAAUUACAACAAAAACAACUCCCAAAAUACCUCCAACACAUCCUGUUUAUCCUAAAGACCAACAGGUGCAAAACAGGCCUUAUAACCCUUUUGGUGGUGAAAUUAUUCCACAUGUCCCUGUAUAUGGAGCAUUCACGUAUGAUACCAAUGGCCGCUUUAUUGUUCCCACUAUUGGUUUAGUUCCAUAUAAUGGUGUUAUUCCCUCAAACAGAUUGGCACCAGACAAUGGUUUCAUUCCUGUAAACAGAAGGGUGCCAGCGAAUGGCUUCAUUCCCAAAAAUGGCGGAGUUAUAACAGUUGGGUCAUUUCCAAGAAAUGGCAUUAUUCCCACAAACAGAUUGGUACCAAUAAAUAGUAUUGCACCCAAAAACGGGUUAGUUCCAACAAAGACACAGGUUUUACCAAAUAUCUUUGUUUCCACCAAUGGAUUAUAUCCCAGAAACGGCCUUGUGCCCAAUGGGCCUGGUUUGGCCUAUCCAAUGCGUAGCUUUGGCUGGGGAUUUGCCUCAGAAUCUUCUGAAGAAUAUAAAAGAGGGAAAAGGGAAACCCACCCACAAGACGACAAUGCCAUCAGUGAUGGCGAAACAGGCAUUUUGUUCUCGCUCCACUAUAAAGCUCAGAACAUUUUGUCAAGGAAGGCAGCUGACAUAAAGCCUGACACACAGGAAACAGUAAACAUUAAUUCUACUGCUAAGGUCCUCCAUUCUGAAAUGCCAACAGCAACAAACACAGACAUGAAUGACAUAAGUGUGGGCUAUAGCUCCUUAUCAACAUACCUAUCUGAGAUAAAAGAGAAAGCAGAACAUAAUCAAUUAACAAAGAGCACAUUAUCAGUGCAAUAGUUUCUGAUCCUCAGAUUUUUUUAUUCAUUUUUAAUAGUGUUAAUUUAAACAUUUAUGUUUGUAUUGUUGUGUUAUAUGUGAAUGUAACCUACAGGUCUACAUAAGCACAUUUGUAUGACAUGUUUGACAUUAUUGUUUUAGAUUGUAUA